UUCUAAUCAUCUUUAGUUGGUUAAAAAUGGCGAAGCAAAGUGAUGGAUCUUCUAUUGUGUGGGCUUUUAAAACUAAUGUAACUUGUAAAAAUGGACUAACUUGGUCCGAUGACAAUCGGAUUGCUAUGUGUGCUGAUGAUGGUGUAUUCAUAAUUGAACUAACUACCAACUUCCAUCUUUUGCGAGGAACACUUCUCGCAAGGAGAACUAUGAUUUCACCUCAUUCAGACAUCUUUUACAGUACAGAAAUUUUUAAUCUUGAAGAACUUGAAAACAGACUACCUCGAGAGGAAUUCAACUCCAUCCUUAUUGACAGAACAAUUAGCCCCACAGUCCAAUAUUCCAUUCCUCCUCAAGGUUAUAAGUCUGCAAACUGGUCUCCAAAAGGGGCAGAUGAUGUUGGCAGAUGUGUCCUUGCAUGCCUGGCCAUUGAUCACCGACUCACCAUCUGUCGGGAAGAUAGAUACAGAAGUGUGUGGAUUAAAGUCAUCGACUGCUCCAAAGUGUAUGAAGACAUUUGGAAAAAGAAUAACAGCAGUUAUUUAAAAGGACAGGAGAUAAACUUUGAGUACCUGAAGACAAUCUCCUAUGCACUAGCAGCAGUUGCUAUGGCCUGGUCUAACACAUAUGAGACAUUCCCUGCUAUAAUACACCCAGAUGAUCGGAAUCUGCUGAUGCAAAGUUCCACUGAAAAAUCCAAAUAUUCCAUAUUUGCCUCAGCAAUGAAAAACGGGGAUGUUGUCUUUUGGAAGGUCCACUUUCCUAUAAUAUGCAGUGGGGACUGUGUAUAUUUGACCACAGCUUCUAUACAUGACAGCAUUCCUACUUCCAUGUCAUGGUGCCCUUCUCAAGAAGAUAUGAUAUUAGCUGUGGGCUAUUCUGAUGGAAUGAUAAAAGUGAUUCGUUUCAACUUGACAUGUGGCAUUGUGUCUGACAGCGAAGAUGUCUGGGCUGAUCCUGAUUUAAUAUCUGUAAAUGCUCUCAGUUGGCAAUGCCUCGACAUCCAUCAGGAUCAAUGGCUUUUGUUUGCCUCAAAAGAUCUUUUUAUAAUGGCUUUUGUGUUAGACAGAGCUAAAUUAACUUGUACUCAAAUGGUACACAUCAGAGGACAGUACAACCUUUCCUGUACAGGUAUGUCCUCGCGUAGUGGUACAUUGGUUCUCUCGGCUUCUGAUGAAAAGGUUCAACUUAUAAAAGCUACAAUGAAGGAAGAAGAGUUAAAGUUGGAUAGUAAAUUAUUUCCUAUAACUAUCGACUGCCCCGUUUUUGCUUUACAAUACAUCGGUGUAGCUCUCUCACCAAAUGCUUCAUUGUUAGCUGUUGUCGCAUGCCCUGCUUGCCCUUUUGAUCAGAAGCAAUUGAAGGAACCUUUGAUGCUGUGUGUCAGCCGUCUGAGCUUGUGGCCAGAAUACCCUGAUAUUCUGCAGCUCUCUGAACAUAGGGGAAUUCGAGAUAUCCAUGAUGUACUGCUUCUUUAUCUAUGGGGUUUGAUGAAUGACAAACCUCUGAUAGCUCCAUCUGUGUUGCACCUUCUCACAGAUAUGGACUCCUGGCCUGGUCUCUCUCUCACUCAACUACGAAUGAUCAGAUGCCUUUUAUCACUGGAUAAAAAUACACGCAAACUUAUAAUCAUGGGGGAACAUAGCUUUGACCUUCAUGGUCAAUCUUCUCAACCAUCACUUACAUCAUCAAGUUCAUCAUUUGCAUCUAACAAUAAAGAAUCACUGAAGUAUCUUCAUACUCUGCUCAUGUUCAAGUUUAUCCAGCCUUAUAUUGUCAAUACUUUGAUUCCACGCAUCACAGAACUGGAUAAUUUAGAAUUACGAAUUAUUUCAUCAAUCUGCCAAUGGUUAAAUGCCCGGAUGUACCACUUCUCCAGAUGGGAUUCUAUUGCAGCAGCGGUCAAAAAAAUGCUCUCUUCCAUAGAACAUUCAAUCAUCAUAUUUGAAGAAGAUUGUCCAAUUUGUGGAGAACUUCUUGAAGAUGUGGAUGUUAUGUCAGUAGCUUGUUCUGGAAACCAUACAUUUGGUCGAUGCUGUAAAUCCUUACUUCCCUGUAAGGAGAUUCCUUACCGAAGAUGUUCUCUCUGUAGUAGUGUUGCUAUGCCGAUAAGUGUAACUACUGAUGCAGCUGGUCUAUGUACAACUGAACCCCAUAGUUGUACUUUUUGUGAAGAUUCCCUUUGUGGAUCAAGAUAUUUAGUUUAAUUCAGUCACUUCUCCACCAUCUGAAUUCAUUAUCAUUUAGUAAUCUCAGAAUAUUCAAUCACUGUAAUUCAGUAUUUCAGUGCUUUAGGACUUAAAAUAAAGUCAUUUUGUACUUUUUGCCAUAUUGAA